CUUAUAAUGAGCAGCUGGCUUGGGCUCUCCAUGCUCCCUGCUCCGUGGCCACCAUGACUCGCUCGAAGCCCGCCCCACGCCGGCCGUCGUCCUCGCCAUCGCCCUCGCAGCGCUCGCCCAGCUUGGACCACUUCGCGCGCCCGCCGCCCGAUCACAUGCCGCCCGAAGCGGCGGACCCGGCCGUCGCGCUCGUCUUGACCUCGCUCGCGCUGAUCGAUGCCGGCCUCGACCUCCUACGGCACAUCGAAGACGACGCGCAGCUCACCCACGCGUCCCUCCUCAUCCCCGGCGGCAGUGUGGGCAAGCACUUCCGGCACGUCAGCGAGACAUUUGACGCGCUCCUCGCCGCCCUCGAACCGGGGUAUUACUCGCACACCGAGAACGAGCACGCCGACGCCGACGCCGAGCACGCACACGCGCACGCGCACGCGCACGGCCGCCUCCCGACCAUCGACUACGACGUCCUCCUCCCUGCUGCGCGGCAGGGCGUUGCGCGCGACCUCGAUAUUUGCCGCGCGUCGCUGGCCAAGGUGCGCGCUGGGCUCGAGGGGCUCGCGGCGGCGCCGGACCUCGCGGGCGAGCUGGCGCGCGAUGUGGACGUCCUCGCCGUCACGCCUAGUCGGCAGUGCAUGCGCUCUACGUUGGCGCGCGAGCUCUGGUUCUGCGCGCUGCACACUAUCCACCACUACACGAUGAUCCGCACAAUCUGCGUGCACGAGCUCGGCAUCGCGCUGCCUGUCGAGUUCGGCACGGCCCCCGCUACGCUCCUCCUCCGCCCGCCUGGGUGGAAGCCUCCUGCCGAGGUGUGGAAGGCCAAGCUGUAGCUGUCGCUCAUGAGGGAAGAGACUUGCACCUGCAUGGCGAGGGGCUGGAGGGAAGCAUGAGUGACGAGACCAAGAUUUGUUGAUAUUAUGUUGCCUGUAGCGUAUGAAUGCAUAACACGACUCUCCACA